GUGACUGUGUAAUCCCAACUGAGCAGAGGACAGCUCGAGCAGACAGGCACGCGCUCGCCCCACAUGCUAAUCACCCCUUACUGGGUAGUAGAUGUGGAAUAGACCACCCCCUUUCUCCCCAUCGGUGGAUCCUCCUGAUAAGGAUAAGACUGAAGCAUGGCCCCUCCUGCACAGCAGCAUCAUCAUAAACCACCAGCACUGGCUUUAACUUCUCACAGACCUGCUCAUCAGGACGAUGUAGAAGAAGCCAGAUGACCCUGUGAAGGCUAGUUCUUCUUCUGUUACUAAGAUGGAGUCUGCAGUUACAAGGGGUAUAGGGCCUCCUGAUGGAGGCUACGGCUGGUUCAUCGUUCUCGCCAGUUUCCUUGUCUUUGGACUGACGUUUGGUGUGAUCAAGUCCUUCGGGGUUUUUUAUGUGGAAAUCCAUCGCUACUUCGCCACUACAGCCACAGGCACCUCAUGGAUUACAUCCAUCUCUAUAGCAACUGUACACAUUGGAGCCCCAGUUGGUGCAGCAAUGAGUGCGUGUGUUGGCCACAGAGCGGUGGUGAUGCUGGGGGGACUGCUGAGUAGCGUGGGCAUGGUGGCUGGAGCGUACGCCCAAAACCUGCUCCAGCUGUACAUCACGGUGGGAUUCCUAACAGGUUUUGGCUAUGCCCUUACAUGGACCCCCACUGUUGCAAUGUUGGGCUGCUAUUUUGAGAAGCGACGGCCCAUGGCCAACGCACUAGCCAGUGCAGGAGAGUGCAUCAUCACCUUCCUCUUCACACCUUUCUUUCAGCUCCUGGUGGACGAGUAUUCCUGGAGGGGCGCCAUGCUGGUGCUGGGAGCUGCACAGCUCAAUCUGUGUGUGUGUGGUGCACUGCUGAGACCACUCAGCAACCUUGCAGAAAAGCGUCCAACAGAGGGGGACAGGUUGGAGGAAAUGUCCCAAACACACAUGGACCCACAGAGGGCCAACAUUAGGUCACAAAGUCUUAGGAGCAAAGUCCUGCACUAUGUAGACUACACACUCAUUGCUAAUCCACACUUCAUGCUGUACUCCAUGUUUGGUGUCUUUGCAGCACUGGGUUUCUUUGCUCCAGCUUUGUUUCUGGUACCAUAUGCCCGUAGUCAGGGCAUAGAGGAGUACCAGGCGGCUGCCCUCAUGUCAAUUUCAGCAGCUCUGGAUCUGUUUGGCCGACUCCUCUUUGGCUGGGUGGCCAAUCUUAGGCUGGUGCAGACCAUUCAUCAGCUGACCGUGACAGUCAUCUUACUAGCCGUGGUCCUGCUGCUCUGUCCUUUAGCAAGCACCUUUACUCAACUGGCAGCAUUCAGUGCCAGCUAUGGCCUUGUGUUUGGAGCCACAGUGGCCAUCCACAUCACUGUGUUGGCCGAGGUGGUGGGGGUCAGCAGACUGGGUAGUGCGCUAGGCUUUUUCAUGCUCAUCCGCAGCAGUGGAGGACUGCUGGGGCCUCCCAUUGCAGGAUUCUUCAUAGACAAAAUGGGCAACUACAGUACAGGCUUUCUAAUGGCGGGAGUUGCUCUUAUAUUGUCCGCUCUCUUCCUGCUCUUACUGCACCACAUGACCAGGAGGGGCCGAGACACACAGCUUCAAGCAAAAGACUCCUCUUCAGCCACAGAGAAAAAAUAAUGAGGAUCUGGAGUGAAAGAGGAUAUAAUGAUGGAACGGAGCAGCAGAAAGUGUUUCGCACUGAUCUCAUCCAUUCCAAUUUAUGCAGACAUUGUGGAGCAUAAGUGUAUAUAUAUAUAUAUAUAUAUAU